GAGAGGGCCGUGACUACCUGGUGCACAGAGAGGUACGGGACUUUCGUGAUUGUCGGGGUGUCCGUGAUCUACAUGGCUAUCGCGAUCGACGGGAUUUCUACAACAGGGAUGGCUUCGACCACCGUAAUCUCCAUGAGGAUCGACGCCGAGGUUCGGGCAGAGACAGCCGUGGAUAUGGAUAUCCAAGGGCUCGGUUUCGCUCACCUGGACGCCGAGGCGAACGCAUGCAACGGCUGCUUCAAGGCGGCCCUCAAGGGCAAACAGGACAGGAUCGAGGAGAUGAAGCUGCGCAAGCAGAGCGAGUAUGUGGCCCAGGCGAUGAAGCCCAGCUUCGGGGACAAACUCCCGAAGGUGCUGGAGUCGGCGGACACCGACGGCACGGAGAAACAGAAGGAGAAGGAGCGCGAUCGGGAGGCGAGUCCGACUCCUGUCGCCCAGCCCCCUGACAGUGCGGCACUCAUGAAACGCCCCGAUUUGGGAUGGUUGCAGUCUCUUGUGGGUGCCAAGAAGCAGUUACCGAACCGACUCGCGCGGGCGCAAGCGGCACAGGUACUUGAGGAGCGGGUGUCAGACAAGAUGGUGGCCCAGGUCAACAAGUGCAUCCAGGCCCACUUCCCGAAGCGGGCGGCACCUGCGGCGAAGGCGCGCAGGAUCAACCUCACCCUGGGCAUCAUCAACGGGA